GAAGUCGUCGACAUUUCUGCUACGAGUGAAGUUUAAAGUUUUGUGUAAUCACAAAAAGUUACUUUACAAUAAUAAUUACUUUUUACAACCAGUAUUAUUUAUUUAAUGGUACAUAAUGGUUAAUGUUGCAUUAAAUUUGUGUUUUUAUUAAAAGUGACGAGUUUCUUCGGCUUAAUAACUGUUUAUUGUUUUGUGUAGGUAGCCUAGCCACCUACACAGCCAGUGUUGCGGAUUGUCCCGUCGUGAAAGUGUUUUUGCAUAAAAUUUCGGUUCUAUUGUUCGUACCUUUCCGGGUUACUUGGGAAAAAGUACACGAGUAUAACUUGCGUAACUGACUUACAGUGGUAUUGGUACUAUGUGGUUCGCGGAGGUUUGAAUUCAGUUCGCGUAUAUGGGGGCACAACGUUUUGUUUGACUACUUGAUUGAAGGAUGAACAACCCAUUUUCAACAGACGAGAGCGGCGGCAGUUCCGCCUCGCACUCGGACAGCAGCGAAGACGAGGUGACAGAGCACGUGACCCGCUCCACGCCGCCCGCAGUCAUGGCCGCCGCCAGGGCACAGUUUCAGGUGCCGACCAUCAGCGUGACUCCGCACAGCCCGGGCGUGCUCGAUGACAGCCUGCAGCAGCUGCGCCGGCUGCAUGCGGCGGUGCAGCGGAUGCGGGCGGCGCCGUUACCUUUACUGGCAAUAGGCAGCAGUCGACUGAGUACUUCGUGCCCGUCGCUUUGCAAAGACGGCGCGCCGGAGCCAGAAUGUGCGUCCCCCACACAUUUGGACUUCUAUCCACAGAGUAGAAAAGGCAGUGGCGAGUCUCGACAAUGGGGCCUUUGGGAGCGCCGCGACGAAGGGCGACGCAGUUCGUGGGCCGCUCUAGAACCAGGCGCGAGGCUCCCCGACUCACACAGGCAACGAAGCACACUGAAUGGACACAGUGCGUCGUUAUCGUCUAUGGAGUCGGAGGGCGAAGUGCCGCGUCCCGUGAGGCACUCCACUCACUCGCUCAACGACAACGAUCUGGCGAAGGACUUCGAGAAAGUCACAGCGGCUUUACGAGCGGGUGGCGUGGUUUCCGGAUCUGGGGGUGGAUCUGGAACUGGGGUGGGGGUUGAAGGUGGGGGGCGGUUGGCGGCUAGACUGCCUCUACAGAAGUCGGUGUCCACGCCGAGUAUUGUGGCUGCAGUGCAGCCGCCGCAACCCCAGCCGCCUAUUGCUAUCGUGUCCGCGGGGGGUGCGAGCGAGACGGAAAGCGAGGAAGACCUGUCAGUGCCGACGGAAGGUUCCAUCAACCAGUUACCGGGCAGAAGGAACAACAGCCGCCAGGAACACUUGGGCUUGCAUCGGCUGGCGUUCUUGGAACAAGCGGCGUUCGAUCACCACGCAGAGAAGAGGCGGAAACGGGGAAGUUUAUUCUUCAGAAAGAAAAAGGACAAAUCACGCAAAGCAUCGCACGCGUGGCAGGCAGCCGGCAGCAGCGGCGAUUGCGACUGGUGCGGACGCGCCCUUACUGACAACCCGUCGUUGUAUUGUGACAAUUGUACCAUGACAGUGCAUCAAAAUGUAUGCAAAGACUAUAUAGUAGAAUGCAACAAACCGAAAUCGUCUAAGACAUCAGUUGGAAAAUCAUUAAGUGCCAAUAGUGGAAAAAGUAGUAAGCGAAGUUCGGUAUCAGGCCAGUCUCAAAACGCAAAUAGCACGAGCCAUACGUAUAACGACGACAAGGACGGUUCGGAUCAUAAACACGAUCAGAGCAAUGCAUCAGACGACGCCGGUGCAGCGGAAUGGCCCGAAGUAUACUUGACCCCGGACCACCUAGGCGAUGAAGCGGCCGCUUUAGGACUGGGCGCUUCGGAGCCUGACACUUGGGCCGCUGGAGCGCCUAAGGGACUCGCCAAGUCCCUAGGAGAGCGGGAAACGAAACGGCAAGAACACAUAUACGAGUUAAUACUGACAGAGAAACACCACUGCCUCACGAUACGACUUAUGCAAAAAAUGUUCGUGGAAGGCAUGAUUCGCCUCGGCGGCGUAUCGGGCGGCCAAGUCGCUCGAAUGUUUCCACGGGUCGACGAACUAUGGUCCCUACACGCUUCGCUACUAGCUCGCCUUCGAGCUAGACAGCGGCUCGCGCCCGCCGUCCGCUCCGUGGCCGACGUACUAGCGGACGCGUUCAACCCGCCCGCGCAGCACCGGCUCAAGGCCGCCUACGGUGAGUUCUGUUCGCGCCACCACGAGGCGGUGGAAGUGUUCAAGGAGUGCUGCACGCGAGAGCCGCGCCUGGCGAGAUUCAUACGGAAGUGCCAACAGAACCCAAUGCUUAGAAAAAAGGGUGUGCCAGAAUGCGUUUUGUUCGUGGCACAGCGAUUAACCAAAUACCCAUUGCUUUUGGAGCCAUUAUUGAAAACAGCUGGCGACGAUGCUAACGAGAGGGAACUCUUACAGAAAGCGCUUUGUGGUGUUAAGGAAAUCUUAGUAGACGUAGACAAUCAAGUAGCUGCUAAAGAAAGGGAGGACAGAAAAUUAGAAAUAUACCACCGGAUCGACGCGAAGUCAUUCGCUAACUUCCGGGGACGCAAAUUCAAAAAGAGCGACAUACUUCAGGGCAAUAGGAGUUUGAAAUUCGAGGGAGUAGCGACAUUAAUGCAAGGCCGAAGCAAAAUGCAGACGUUACUUGUUAUAGUGUUGACCGACGUUUUAUUCUUCCUACAUGACAAUAACAACAAAUAUACGUUCUUUACGCCUGACAAUAAGACUGGGGUGGUUUCACUAGUAAAACUAUUGGUUCGCGAGAAAGCGGGUGCGGAAGGACGGGGCUUAUACUUAAUAUGCAGUGGACCGGCGGAACCGGAAAUGUUCGAAUUGAGGGUGCACAGACCUAAAGAUAUACAAGGCUGGAUUCAGGCUAUCAGAACGGCAGUACAGAACUGUCCAGAAGAGGAGAAGGAACCGGAUGCAACUUCGUUAGCGCCAUCUGCCGACGAGCGACAACGGCAGCUCGAAGUGCGCCACGAGAAUAUAAGACUGAUCACAGAGGCAUUAAGAGUUAAAGACAGAGACCACGCGGCCUUGCUGGAAGAGAAAAUGACGUUGCACAUGAAAAUGGCGGCCCAUACCGGAAACUAUCAGCUUGAUGUGCCAAAUACAGGAGUUGACGCCACAUUCCCCGGUGGAUUAGUGUUCCCGGAGUACGUAAGACUAGCAGCACCUUCACCGGAUACGCACGCUUUAUGGCAGGAAGUCUGCAGAGUUGUUAAGGAGGCCCUAGAAGCGUCCAGCGGUACUUGGACCGCGGGCGGAGCCCUGGGGCGAAGCACUAGUUCCGCGGGCGAGAGACAUUCGCGGGCCUACGAGAGUCCAGCGUUGCCACGAAGGGCGGACACUUUCGCUGGAUUCGAUCAUAGCAGACAUAGAGGUGUGCCCCGACUAUCGACCGAGACCCCCGUGGAAGGGGACCCCGUCGGCGAUGUGAACGAGCCUCGCCUGUUGGAACAACUAGGGGGAUCGGCCGCGUUGAGAUUGCAACAUGCUAUAUAUACACUGACCUGCAUCGUAUGGCAGCAAUUGACGACUAUACACAGUUUGGAAGCGCAAGUUUGUGCGUGGCGAUCGAGCGGUGGUAACGCGUCGAGAUCUCACGACGCACAAUUAGAGGAACUAAGGCAUGCUCAAGCAAAACUUACGGCCGAUAGGGCUUCCUGGGAAGCUAUGAGGGCCGCCGAUAGAGCCGCCAUUGCAUUGGAGAAACGUCAACUACAAGCGGCGCGGGAAGAAUUGGCGGAAAAACAGAAGGACGUAGAACAACAACGGGAAAGGCUGUACAGAAGGCUGGAGAGAUUACAGCAGCACGGAGGAUCACAAGAAGAGAUAGCGAGUGUCGGCACUUUAUCACCAGACUCCACAGUCACAGACACCACUCGGCGGAAAGAACCAAAAUGGCGAAGCCGCUCAGAUAACCGCGGCUCGACGGGCUCAGAAUCGUCUGCCGUCGGGACUCUACCACCGCCACAACUGCUGUCCGCGCACAACGAGACCAGAGCCACGGCACGAGCGCCCGCCAUAUCGCAAAUGGUGAAACAGCAGUUGCCUCUGAAGUUAGCGAGUGGUAAAACUCAACAGCAACCUCCUCCAGGUUACCACAGACUCCACGAAUCGCCGAGCGAGCAAAAUCAAGGCUUAGUGAUUCACCACACACGUACAGGGAGCUCGCCCGCCCCGCUGCCGUCGCAACAGCACCUCAACAAUAAGGCUACCAGAACAAACACGUAUCCAAAACUGCCUGACAAAUUCCGGGUUCGUUCCCCGGAAAGUCCGGCGCCGCAACCAUCCGAAGAGGAAGUGAUCUAUUUCUGACAGCCCGCGCCUUCUACGCUACCCUCGCGAUCCUGAGGAUGUCGUCUGGCGUAAGCCAAACCCUAAAUUUCUUAUCCUUCUACCCUUUCCCAACUUAUUUCCUACCCUUUCUUAUGUUACCCCUUUUCUAGAAUAAUGGGCUCUUGAUUUGCAAUGAUUUUUAAGGAUGAAAUUUUAUACCUUGGAGUUCAUAACCUAGUCCGAAUGUGCGGAUUUUUCACUUAGUUUUGUUAGCACAUAAUCGCUGUUAUUAAUAAACGAAGAAUAUGCUUGGAUUAGUUACUCCAUGUUUUGUCUCUUUUCAUUGAAUGACAAAUGACAUAUGAACAAAACACGGCGUAACUAGUCUAAGCUUAUUCCUCGUUUAUUAAUAAGGAGAAAUGAGUUUAAUCAUGGCCAGAUUUACCUUAGACAUCACUAAAAUAACGCGCUUUCAAUUUGAAAUGAGUUCCAAAAUAAAAUGUGGAGAAAUAAGAUUUUUUAAAUUACUCUAAGAACAUAACCUUGUCCGUGUAUCACUUUUUUUGAAACAUCCCGGUUUUGUUGGCACAUUAUGAACACAGUUACAAAGGUGUGCACAUAUUUUUAGUGAAAGGAAAAGAAAUAUAAGUCUAAUUUUAAACUUCACAAAAGUUGGUAAUGUAUUUUGCCUACAUUAUAUGCACGCCUCUGUUUAUUAAAUAUUAAAUUAUGACUAGUCUUGGAAUAUUUGUAAUAUUUGUCCAUUGAAACUAGUCCUUGGUAUUCCUUACUCACCUGAAACUUCUUUAUAUUAUAAACAAUAAUAGCAGAAAAUAAUUCGUUUCUUCUAGUUUCAACUACUUGCAAGAUACGAUAUUAUUUAUAAAGCGCUUAGAAUACCUACGUUUUAACCCAUAUAAAAGCGUUACUUAGUUCAUUAUGUGACAGAUAUUAUGGGGCAUACUAUCUUACUUAUAUAACAUAUCUCGGCGAAUCUUCGAUAACGAAUAUUUCGAUUGUAUGCCAAAUAAAACAUUAUCCCCCUUAUUCCAAAGCGCAGACUAAAGUUAGUCUUGAUUUAAACCCUCAUGUUUUCUCUGUCUUCUUUUUAGCAAACAAAAGUGACGGUUAGUUAGUUAGUUAUACCUGGACUAAAACUAUAGUCCAGGUAUAACUUUAGGUUUUGUAAUAAGGCGGUAAAUGUAUUAAUAUUUGUUCAGACAUCUAAAAUCGUAAAAACCGUUUUCGCGUUUCAAAUAACUAAAUAGAAAUAAAUCGAAACGUAUAAAUCUAUGGCAGCUGCGUAGCUAGUCUAUAAUAUGUGUAAUUUUUCAUGAUGAAACACGGACUUACUAGAAAUUUAUCGCUACUAUAUAUUAUUUAAUUUAUUAUUGAAUUACACUAUGGCCUGACUUAAGAACUUAAUUUAUGAUAUAGUGAAGUCCUACAAUAUUUGUCAUAAAAUGAUAACGCUUGUCAAGUAAAAAAUUAUUAGGGGACUUUCGGGAACCGUAUUACGUCUAUAUUUAACUUGGGACGAGUAAUUUUAUUAACUGUCCAAACGGCGAUCACUUUUUCUAAUUAAUAACGGACAAUUAACUUCUUAUUCAAGAAUUAUUGCAAGCUAUUUAAAGUAACAGACGAAGACGCACCCAAACAUUAAAUUGAAACAGUGUAACAAUGAAAAUCAUCCACGACACUUCAUAUUUUUGUUACGACAGAGAGAAAAAAUGUAGUCAGUAUAGUGAGAAUUCAAUCGACUGCAAUAAUUACUAUUUAACAAGAGAGAACACUAACCGAUUACAUGUAACUAUUAAUACUCGUUCAGUGUUAAUUGAGAACAUUUGAACCACCUUUAGCUUAUUUCACUUCAAUGGGGCCAUUACAUAUUAUUAUAAUUUAUGAAUACUUACAAAUAAUAGCAGUACAAAAUGAUAAUUUUGAGCUUAAUUGUAUGUCGAAAACAUUCCAGAAGAAGAAAUGACAAAAAUGAUCUCCAUUGCUGCUAUUUUUAACCUUAGUGAUAUUUUGUAACAGUAUUUUGAGUGCAGCUUUUAAAUAUUGUCACAUUAUUUAUUAAAAAGAAAUAUUUAUAUAUUCCUAUUAAAUAUAAUUAAUAACUUGUCUUCAUGUUUAAUCAUAAUUCGUUAAAAGGAAACCAAUAACGUCAGUUUCCUGGUGAAUCAGUUGAUUAAAACAAAUCAAAUAAUAAUAUUAAAACAAUAAAACAAUCGAGGUGGGCGAAAUAUUAACUUAAGUAUAAAUGUAAGUUCAAAACUUUUAAAUAGAAGAAAUGUCUAUCUUGUAGCGAUCUAUAGAUAUAGAAUUUGUUACAUUUAGAUGUUUCGGGUAUAAAGCGAAUCUUGUUGUUAACAUUGAAAUUUUGACAUAGAUAAAAAUUGUAGUUUGUUUAAAUUUAUGAAAACGUUGUUGUGAUGCAUUUUUUAUAUUAAUACUUUGCAGACUUGUUAUUUUCGUACUGCGUGCACUAAUUAUAUUGUUCGCUGGAUUCACAUAAAGAUCGGUUAAAAUUGUAUUCAAAUAAUCCAAUAAAUCUGUCAAGAAGAUUGUUUGCAAAACGCGUGCCAAAAUUUACAAAGUCGCAGUUCCUACAUUAAGGAAAAUAUCAUUAAUGCACGUACGUAUCUGGAGUUUUUUAUAUCGCUAGAAUGCUAUAACUACAUUAAGCACGCUAUACAACAAAAUAAAAAAUGUCUAAAAUCGUUUUAAAUUUCUAUGAUAUUGUUAAAUUUGACAUAAAGAAGAAUAUAUCUUUGGAACUGUAGAAUCGCUAUUUAAUAAUCUAAUAUUGUAAACUGUUAUUGGUGUAAAUAUGUUGAAAUGUUUAUUAAAUGUAAUAGAACGUUAUAUUCGCGAUUAUAAAGUUAUAAUGUGUAUGUAAUAAGAAGUGAGAGUGGCAAUUGCAUGUUAAAAUCCUUUGUAGAUAUCUGCUAAACGUAAGUUAAACACCAUGUUCAAAAUUGUAAAAUAAAUUUGCAUUAAUUUUAAAUGACAUCCUGAACUUUAGGUUUAUUGAAAAAUAACAUACAAUUGCUAGUCUAGCAGUCGAACAGACCAUAAUUCGAAUUAAUUUAGAUCUCGUGGAAGCGUAUUAUCAGAUACCAUCACAAAAAUUGCAAUGAAAUAAUUUAUCGGAUUUAUGUUUUAUAACUGGUUUAAGAUUAAUUUAAUUUGAAUAAUGGAUAAAUAUGUCGGCUACGCGCUUUUAUUCUAGGUUUGUGUGCAGACAUCAUUGUGCAAUAUGCUGGAUACACUUAUUUAGAUGAUUGCUUUAUAUACAGUACUUACAAAGAUACCCAUGAUUCUUGUAAUCUUUACAUUGUGUACGAAUAUCUGCACACAACAGUUGUUUAGCUCAUUUAGAAUACUGUUGUUACAAGAACUCAAGACUAUUUAACUAUUUUUCGUGCAUUUACUGUAACCCUUUUUACUAUUUAGUAUUUAGAGAAGGUGAUAUUUUAAAACUAUUUUCUUGUUUAGGAUACCUUUCAUACUAUGAACUGUACAUAUAUUGACGUUGAUGUUUGAACAUAUUUGUAUGUAAGAUAAACUUAACAACAUUAUUACCUAGUGAAUUAUUGAAUUUACGAGAUUUCUAUCGUGAGAAGAAAGUUAAUAACUCGCAAUAAAGUUUUGCAUGGGGUAUAAAUGGAGUCUAAAUGGGAAAGUCAUAAAAUUUUUCGAUUUAGAAAAUAAAUUAAUGUUUUGAAGAUAUCGUGUUUAAAAUUAUUACAUCUUUUUAUAGUUUGGUCGAACGAUCUUCAAAACAUCAUGACAAUAAGUAAAUUAUGUAUUUUCUGUGUAAUUGGGAUUCCUUAAUGUAAAAAGAUUUUAUGUGUUUUUGCACUUCUGCAAUUCUUUAUUAUAAGAGCACUAUACUUUUUAAAAAUGGCGUACUUUAUAAUGACGCUCUUCCUUUUUAUUAUUUAAAACUAGUUAAUAUUUGAUAAAUUAUUUACUUGAUCUAAUGGCCAGAGAUAAUGCAUUUAAUACAUGUUCCUUGGAUAGAAUGUAAUGUUUUUUCUCUUAUUCAUUGGGUAUUUUGCUAUACUAGAUCUUAGCCUAAUCAGCAUUUUAGCGCAGUCAUGUUUUUGGAUUCACAUCACAAUUCAGUCUUCGGGUAUUUUAAACGCUUAAAGGGGGAUGUGAUACGAUUGUGAUAUUAAAGGCUCCUUUUGUCUGUAAAAAGAAUUUCUCGUAGAAGGAAUGUAACGAUUGACAAUGGUGAAGAAUUACGACAUACCGCUUCAGCGAGUUUGGAAAGAGCGUUAUCAAAAACGAUAUUGCAUGGCGGCAAUCGUAUUCAAGUGUUUGGUCGUUUAAUUUUCAAGUAUUGUCGUAUUGGCUUAUCCAUAAUAUAAAUUUGGUUAUCCCAUUUCUGGGUCAACCCAAAUUGUUAGAAGUGAUUUUAAUAAAAUAAUAAAUUAAUCAUUAAUUUGCAUUCACUCUCUAUAAACUAAAGUGCAUUUCAUUGGUAAAUAUUGCAUAUUCAAACUAUAUAAUAAUAUUUGUACUCCUUUAGCGGAGUACGCCGAUGCGUUUCCAAAAGUUUCAGUUAGAUGUCAUCCGGAAUCCUUUGUGAGGUGUUCUGUUUGACAUCAUUAACUACCUUCGUGCCUUCUUAAUAAAAUCUAUUUUGGUUUACAAACUUGAUUUCCAAACAACAGCUAUAAUGCAUAAUUUAAAAAUAUGAUAUACAGUAUUUAAACACCGUCAAAAGUAAUUUUAGUGAGAUAUGAGUACUUAAAUUUGUAGCCCAUAAAUAUAGGUUCUUUCGUGGCAAUAUUUAAAGAUUAUGUAAGUAAGCUUUAAUCUGUAUUUAUAUUGUUCUAGUUUUUAAACUUUACGAAUUCCCUCCACAUAUUUGAGUUAUAUUUUGUUGUGGCAACGACAAUACACUUUGUAUUGCUCAAUGUAUGCUCAUUUUUUUCCUUGUAAUUUCUAAUGUGGUUUGUCAUUUUGAUAUUUAUGUGUAUAAAUGAUUAUUAUAUUGAUUUGUGUAUCGCUUGAUUUGAAUCGAUUUUUUAUCGGUUUUAUUUUGUCAACAUGAUCUGUGACGAUUAGCAGGCGGUGUCGCCUGUUAUAUUUAGAAUAGUUGAAUGAAAUAAACAUUUACUUAGUACCAAA